ACUUUAUUGCUCGACGUUGAAUGUUCCGACUUCUUCCUCUUCUUCUUCUGUGGAGGGUUUUCCUGUAUUUGGGGAUGACUUUGGCUCAGAAACACUUAACAAGCUUGCGUUUUUCUUCUUCUUUCAAUGCUGUAGAUUUAUUGGUGAUGGAGCCUAUUCAUUCAGAUGACAUGGAAGGUUUUGUCCAUGAUUCCUCUAAGCUACUCAAUUCCCCUUAUCUCAAUGGUAUUAACGGGGAUCCUGAGCUACUUCCUCGCAUUGGAGAUCAGUACCAGGCUGAUAUACCUGUGCUACUCACUGACUCUGAUCGUUUAAAGCUCAUUAGAUGCUUUCAUUCAGAUCCUCCCCUGCAUAAUCUCCUUACUUUUGGCUUGCCUAUCCCACUUAUGUGGACUAGAAGUGAGAAAUUCAGAGGUUUCCGCGAAGCCGAUAUUGAAAAAGCCACUCCCCCAAUCGAUCAAUUUUUGCAGAAAGCUGCUUCCAUGAAACCCAGGAGUAUUGUGCUUGCGCUGCCAUGCCAAAAAAACGCUAAGUUCAAGUUUGACUGGCUCGAUAAGAGCCUCUAUCCGUUCCCUGGGACUUUGGGUCAAUCUUGGGAAGAUGCUGAGCAAGAGAGGUUUCUUCUUGGCCUCUACUGUCUUGGGAAAAACCUUGUCUUGGUGCAGAGGUUUGUUGGGAGCAAGCACAUGGGAGAUAUGCUCUCUUACUAUUACGGCAGCUUUUACAGGUCUAAUGAAUACCGGAGAUGGGUUGAUGGACGCAAGUCCAGAACCAGACGCUCUGUUCAAGGCCAGAAGUUAUUAUCAGGUUGGAGGCAACAAGAAUUGCUCUCUCGGAUCUCGUCUCAUGUCUCUGAGGAAUGCAAGAGUACCUUGCUUAAGGUAUCUAAAGCUUUUAGGGAAGAUAAGAUUGCACUGGAGGAUUAUGUGUUCGCUUUAAAGAAUACUGUAGGUAUUGAUAUGCUUACACAAGUAAUUGGUAUAGGGAAAGGGAAAAGAGACCUGACCAACUGCGCGUUAGAGCCAACCAAGUUGAAUCAUGGAGCCUCUGGUAACUCUGAAGUACGAAUACGCAAUGAUCUUCCGAUAGCGGAUAUAGUCAAAUUCCUAACAGGGGAAUAUAGGAUGAGCAAAACACGGUCCAGUGACCUCUUCUGGGAAGCUGUUUGGCCACGUUUGUUGGCAAGAGGGUGGCACUCUGAGCAGCCGAAAGAUGGUCCAAAGAAUUCUCUUGUUUUUCUCAUUCCGGAAGCGGAUAAGUUUUCCAGGAGGAAGAUGUCAAAGGGGAAGCACUACUUUGACUCUCUCACUGAUGUCUUGAACAAAGUUGCUCUAGACCCCUCACUACUUGAGCUUGAUGAGGAUCUAGAGAACAAGGGGAGCAAAGAAGAGGUAAUCAAGAAUGACCCUCCCAUAAAUUUAGAGGAGUUUGAUGAUUCUUCACCAAACAGCAAGAAGAAGAAAAAGUACCUACAACCACGUAGCAAAACAAGAAAAAUUCAGGAGGUCAUGAUGUUUACGAUUAUCGAUACCAGUGAGACGAAUGGUGUGGAAGGAUGUACAUUGAAAGAGCUCAGAUCUCUGCCUGUUGGGACCGGCAGUUCCCAAGUUCACUCCCCAAGUUACUUGAGUGAAUCUGAAGAUAACCUGUCAGAAGAAUCUGAAAACAAGGCAGAGACGACAGCUAAAUCAAUGGCUUCGAGAGUGUGUGGUGGGGGCAGCAUUAAUUCUGGUAAGAGCAGCUCUGUAAACAUGGACAAUGCCACGAGUCGAAGCACCAAUUCUCUCAAUGAGAGACAGCAGAGGAACCGGAAAGGUGGGAGACCAAGAAAUCCAAAGUUGUUACCUGUCUGCACCAAAAGGAGUAGCUUGGCAGAUUGUACCUUGAGAGAAGCAGGUUGUUUUGGUGAAACCCAGUCCAGGAAGAAGAAACCAGUGAAGAAGGGGAAACAUAUGAGACCAAACCCAUUAGAAGCUGAUCUAAAUGUAGUGUUGAUGAGAGAGGAGCACAUCGAUCAAGAUCAAACACUGAAACUGUCCUCAACCAGUUCCUUUGCAAUAGAUAGCUCUUGUCGAAGAAACGAAGACCGAGAAAUAUCACCAGAACGAUCUGAGACCAGAGAAGAUUUUGAUUUGAACGUUUCACAAAUCUCCCUAGAACGUGAAGCUGAUAAUACUGAUACUGUCAUCGUAGACAUUGUACAGAACAGUGAGAGCUCUUGUGCCGAGCAGUCCUCUGUUCAAGUGGAUGUGGAAAUGCAGUGUAAGCCUCAGGAGUUGCAAGUAACCGCAGAUCUCCUUCCUGGACGGAGGCAGAGUACAAGGACCCGACCGUUGACUACAAAGGCACUGGAAGCUUUUGCUUUUGGGUACCUUGGUAACUCGAAUAAGAAGAGAAAGGCUUCAGAGGAGUCAAGAACAAAGUCUACAAAGCGCAUCCACCGUCACUCACUUGUGUCCUCCAAGUUCAGAAAUGGAACUGUAGAAGAUGGUUCAAACACUGACGAGAAUGAAUAGACUAGCUUCGAUCUGAAAUUGACAUGUCUGCAUAUACUACAAGAACAAGCGCCAAAUUGGGAGGAAUUUAGCAGUUAGAGUCAAUAUAGCAACAUAGUUAUAGUAAAUGUUUUGCCUUUUG